UUACAACACUAUUUUCAUCAGUUUAAAUUCCCAUACGCGUACUGCGUCUAAACAAAAAAGCAAACAAAUAGAGCCAAUAAAUGUUAAGCAAUUAUGCCAAAGACUGACGGAAGUCCCAUUGGAAAGUCCCUUACGCAGGAUGCCAUCGCGCAGCGUCUGGCGGCACUUAAUCGCUGGCAGGACGAGCAGAAGCGACUCUUGCAGGAGCGUCAAAGCAAUCAGCGCGUUUUGCUCGGCUUGGAACAGCGCAAUAUGUACAAAAUGCUGGGAUUGCUGCACCAGGAGGCUGAAAGCCCGGAGAGCAGUGUGCUGAAGGAGUCGCAGUGGGACGAGGAUCAUUCCAUACAAAUGCCACGCCUCACGGCGGAGCAGGACAUCCAGGAACCGGAAGUUCCUAAGACAAGUCCCCAGCCAGCCAAGCCCAAGCGUCCUUUCCUGCGCCGCGGCGAAGGUCUACAGCAGCGCUUCAAGAUCAAUCCGGACCAGCUGCGCCUGGAGAACCUGCCGCGCUACAAGUACGCCAAUGCCCACCCCCAGUUUCGCACGCCCAAGCAGCAGAAGAAGGGUAUCCUGAAGAAGCAGCAGGCAGAAACAGCUCCACCUUCGACAGCUCCUGCUCCGACAGCUCCUGCUCUCAAACCUCCAGCACAAAUCGAUCUCAAUGAGCAGCGCUUCCAGCAGGUCCUAAUAAACUCAAAGAACGUCUGCAAUUCCACGCCGGAUAUUAAGUCUUCCUAUGCAUCCUCCACCACAGCCUCCAGUAUCUCGCCGAGGGUUCGAUUUGUAGAGCAGAGGAACAGAGCCGGGCAGACCACGCAUGCGGAUGAUGAAGCCUCCUCGGAGGCCAGUCCAUUGACGGGAGUUUGCUGGGCCAAGGUGUUGGACACACAGAGCAUUAAGCCUGCUCAAAUCCAAAGACGCUCAGCUCAAAUCAGAGUGGAGGACGACAGCAACGUUAGCAUAUUUGAGCUUCUCGAGCAGAAGGCCACGGAGGGCAACAUUGAUAUGAACUCCAGUUGCAUUCGCACCUUCAUGGCACGCAAGGAUCAGCGCCGUAUUAUAGCUGAUGACUCCGAUCACAUUGUGGUCACACAGCAGGUGCGCCAGAUGCGAUUGCAACCGCAGGUAGACCAGGUGCUGGUGCACGAAUUGGAUGAGGAGGAGGAGGAUGACGAGCAGCCGUCCAGUGACCAGACCCUGACAGCGACACCCUUGCAGAUGGGAAAAACGCAAGUGCGAGUGCGCUUUUCCGACUCCAAUGAUACCCAGGAAUACUCUGAUGCUACCAGCCUAAACGACGGCUCCAAUGUUCAGCUCUUCGAACAGUUCAAGUCCGCUCUCUUCCAGGCCUUAGAGCAGAAGAAGAAGUCAAGUCCCAGCCAGCAGAAAGAGGAACCCCUUACCCAAGAGCUACAAGAAAAGGCUAAUCUCGUGCGCACACGGCUCGAGGAACUUGAGGCCGAGAUAGCCACCUUUAAGGCGCAGAACGCCGAACUGCUCCGACUGAAGCAGCAGCACGAGCUGGAGCAGGCUAAAUGCACGCAGGAUCACAUGGAGGCGAUGGAACGCGUGCACGACGAAAAGAUUCAAGCGGAAAUCUACCUGCAUGACGAGCGUAUGAAAAUAGAGGAGGAGCGUCGCAAGUUCGAGCAGCAGAUGCGCCUCCAGAAGAGCAAUGCAAACAGCAAGGAAAAGAAGGAGAUCGCCGCCUUGAAACAGGAGUUGGAGGCACUGCAGCUGCAGCUCAAGCAGAAGGAGACGAACCACGUUUCGGCACAGGCACGACUCCGAGCUCAACUGCGGGCCAGUGAGAAGGAGCAGCGCAACUACCGCGACGAGAUCGAGCUGCUGAGCAGGGAGAACAAGCGUCUGGAGCAGGAGUUAGUGAGGAUUGGCCGUGAGAACAACAGCAAGAUGCUGCAGGAGAUCAACCGAAACAUUGCCCGUCUGGCACCCAAGGUGUUGCCUUCUGCCUCUGCGUCGCAACCCCUCGACGAGAACGGACGACGCACCCAGUCUCUGGAUGGCACUGCUGCUAAGCCAGCAGUUAAGCAGCGGGAUGCCUCACACCGUCGCCAAAGCAGCGGCACUGCCCAAGCUAGGAGCCGCAGUCGCUCCCUGGGCAGAAGCAAGAAAAAGCCAGAGGCUUUGGAUGAGAGCUACGCCUCCAGCAGCUCUGGGGAUGUGGAGGAAGUUCUGCCACCAGUGGCAACUGCCGCAGUCGAUCCCCCAGCGACUGCCAACUCCAGCAGCGACUUCAAGCGGGAGAUAAUGAAUGCGGAUGGCAGCAGGGACAUUUGGUACCCGAACGGCAAUCUUAAGAAGAUCAGCGCCGAUGGCAUGAACGUUCGCAUGCUGUACUUCAACAAGGACAUCAAGGAGACGGACAUUAGGGAGGGCACCGUGAAGUAUUACUACGCUGAGACCAACACGUGGCACACUUCCUACCUGGACGGUUUGGAAAUACUAGAGUUUCCCAACGGACAGACCGAGCACCGCCGCAAGGAUGGCACCAUUGAGAUCCACUUCCCCAACAACAGCAUCAAGGUGGUUGACCCCAGCGAUGCAGAGAAACUAGAGGAGUGGCGGUAUGCGGACGGCACUCACUUAGUGCAGCUCCGGAAUGGCGACAAGAUUCUGCAUCUACCCAAUGGCCAAAAAGAGAUUCACACAAAGCUGAACAAGCGAAGGGAGUACCCGGAUGGCACUGUCAAGCUGGUCUAUCCGGAUGGCAGCCAGGAAACGCGCUACUCUAAUGGUCGCGUCCGCCUGAAGGACAAAGAUGGCAAGCUUAUCAUGGACACAGACUAUGCUAAGUACUAGGGACGACGGGUCGCUUUCUCCGUUGUAAAUUAAAGUUUUUAUUAAA